AUGGCCAACCCCCGCGUUGAAGAGCUUCCCGAUGACGAGACCAAGAAGGUCUCCGUCGAGGAGCACGAGGACGAGAGCUCCGACUCCGAGAUUGAGGGCGAGGAGGCUGAGGGCCUUCCCUCCGGCUCCACUGCCAUCAUCCACUCCCGCAACGAGAAGAAGGCCCGCAAGGCCCUCGAGAAGCUGCACCUGACGAGAGUGCAGGGCAUCACCCGUGUCACUCUCCGUCGCCCCAAGAACAUUCUGUUCGUCAUCAACAACCCCGAGGUCUACAAGUCCCCCAACAGCAACACCUACAUCGUCUUCGGUGAGGCCAAGAUUGAGGACCUCAACGCCACUGCUCAGCAGGCUGCCGCCCAGCAGCUCGCCGCUGCCGGCGGUGAGCACGACCACGCCGGCCACAGCCACGCUGAGCCCAGCAAGGCCGCCGACGCCGAGACCAAGAAGGACGAGGAAGAGGACGACGGCGAGGAGGUCGAUGCUGAGGGCAUCGAGGACAAGGACAUUGAGCUGGUCAUGACCCAGGCCAACGUCAGCCGGAAGAAGGCCAUCAAGGCCCUGAAGGAGAACGACAACGAUAUCGUUAACUCCAUUAUGGCAUUGAGUAUUUAG